UCCUUCCCAGGCGGCGCCGGUUCCUACCCGGAGCGCUUAGGAGGGUGCGCCCGCCUGCCCUGUAAACAGAAGGUGGCUUCAAGGGCUUUCCGAGAUGGUUGCCCUGCCUGUUUCCCGUGUGGUCCCGCAAGGCCUGUUUCUUUGGAGGCAGCUGACGGCGUUCAGUGCACCAGCUCGCUUGUUCCAUCAGACACCCACAAGCAACAGCGCUGACAGUUCUGUUCAGCUUCAGCAAAAGAGCAGCCCUGCCGUUGUUCAGAAGUCGUACCUUCCCAGCACUCGGGGAGAGUAUGUCAUCACCAAGCUGGACGACUUGAUCAACUGGGCUCGGCGGAGCUCCCUGUGGCCGAUGACGUUCGGCCUGGCUUGCUGCGCUGUCGAGAUGAUGCACAUGGCCGCCCCCCGCUACGACAUGGAUCGCUUCGGAGUGGUCUUCCGAGCCAGCCCCAGGCAAGCUGACGUCAUGAUUGUGGCAGGCACGUUGACCAACAAGAUGGCGCCCGCCCUCCGGAAGGUCUACGACCAGAUGCCUGAGCCACGCUAUGUGAUCUCCAUGGGAAGCUGUGCCAAUGGUGGAGGCUAUUACCAUUAUUCUUAUUCUGUGGUGCGUGGCUGUGACCGGAUUGUGCCCGUGGACAUCUACGUUCCAGGCUGCCCUCCGACCGCCGAAGCCCUCCUCUACGGCAUCCUGCAGCUCCAGAAGAAGAUCAAGCGUGAAAGGAAGCUCCAGAUAUGGUACCGGAAGUAGCAUUGGCUGCGAAUCAGGUGCUGGGCUGAAAGCGACAGCCCCUUCUCCUUCGUUGUAGCGCACAUAUUUAAACUACUUUGCAUACGGUUUCCCAAUAAAUUUGCAAAUAUAUAUGUAUAUAA